AGGUUUGCUUUGCGUCUGAUUUGCUUCUCAAAUUUAAAUACCAGUGAUACUUUGAAAUGGCUGGACGCGGCCGUGGAAAAGCUGUUGGUACUUUAACCCAGGAACAAUUACAAUCACUAGGAGUAACCAGCAAAGAAAUUCAAGCAGUAACAUCUGCCGCUCCCCCUCCUCUUUAUCCACCACUGCAGUCAAAACCAGUUCCUCUAGAGUGUAAUGCCGAUCGAAGCUACAAGAUUUUAUGGAAAGAAGACUUCAUUUCUUACCUCCGAGAGUCGAGUUACUACACUACCAAAAAAUGUUCCAAGUUAUCCAUACAGCGGUACUCAGAUAAAGUUAUAAACGUUAUUGAGAAUGAUCCGAAGGUGAAACGAGACGGGGAAUUUAUGUGGAAAACCAUGCCAGCAGAAUUGAAACCUAGUUUUAAACGGGUUAAACACACAAAUAACACACAAGGAAAGGUGAAAAUAUCGCGAACGGUGGAAGAUAUCGAUGCUAGAUUGAAUGCCCUUGAGCGUAAGGAGACAUCUGGAGAACGAAUGGAAAUGGUCAAAAAGGAAAAAAGCGAUUCAGAGGAUGAAAAGGAUAGAGAAGACCUGGAGGAGGAAGUACCGAAUGAUGAAAUGGAUGACGAUAACGAUUAUGGAAAUAAUUACUUCGAUAACGGUGAAGCAUAUAAUGACGAGGACGACAAUCUGGAUGAUGGGCCUGUUUAUUAA